AAAAACCCGGGCGGAAGUGUUUCCUGUUGCUGCGGAUGGCGGAACGCAGGUCAAUAAUAUCGGAGUGAAAACGAUUUGGGGUUUUCCACCGAAGGAUCAACGUCCGCUCGCUGUGAAAGCCUCGCUGUGUGCACAGGCAGUAAUUCACAUCUUGCUCCCACCCUUCCUACUGCAACAUUCUCCAUCACCGGCGGCACCAGAGGGACCCAUUUUAUAUUUGGACCCGUGGCCGGUCCUGCUGCAGUGACAGCUCUCCGAUGGGCCCAGAUUGAAGCUGAGGCACAGAUUGCUCUCCAGCAGCUUGCUGCUUUAGCGACCGUCACUGUUGGCAGCCAACAGCACAACAACUGGCUUGCGGCAGCGUUACCUCCUCACCUGGCCCUCCUGACUCUUUUCAAUAGAUAUCAGGCUGUGGGGUACACGAGCUGUAAAACCUACAGAGCUACACGGCCUUGUCUGUCUGCUGCCAUGUAUCACCAACACCCCCCGUCACAGGGCUCACAGCCAUUUUCUAAUGGGCCCAGGCCACCACCUCGCCAGCAACCUCCAAAUCAGCAUCAAACUCGCUCUGCUAUGCAGGUGAUGGGUUUUCAGUUUCCUCGCCCGACCCAACUGCCAGAUGAGCUCGAGUCUGCACUGGCAAUUCGUGGUGCCAGGGACAUGGACCACCGUCAGAUUGAUCACGUGAACCGACUAAAUCCACACCAUACCCAAGGUCCUGGGAUCGGUCAACACGGAAGCUUUAGCUCUAGCCCAUUAUCCCUCCCCACUGAAAAUCAGCCUGGCAACCAGCAGGGAAUAGACUGGUCAAGCUACCAACCUCCAACUAAACUGUUUGCUGGUCCUCCACCUACUACUAGUCACCAGUCACAACAACACCAAGGGCCACAACAGCCUCAGAGCAGCCAAAUUGGAGCAAGACUCCCAAAUUGGAUUCCCUCUGUAAGUGAAUCACCUUUGACCCAAGCUCAGCAUACCCAUGGUGGCAGUGGGGAGGGUCAGAGUUUAUACACACCAGAGAGUGCAGGAAGCAUCUUGGCUAGCUUUGGACUUUCAAACGAGGACUUGGAAGUCCUGAGUCACUACCCCGAUGAUCAGCUAACCCCAGAUACUUUACCGUUUAUACUCCGUGACAUCCAGAUCAACAAGUCAGGCAAACAGAAGACUGUGGCUCCCACUUCCUCAUCGUCAUUUUCACACAGCACCCAUGAUAUGCUACUGCCUCCUUCCUGCUCUUCUCCACUGGCACAUUCACAGUCCCCAGAAGUGCCCAGCCUUCUUACUGUUACGCAGACAGCCGGUAAAGUCAUUGACUAUGGGCACGCCAGUCGAACAAAGGACGACAGUAGUAACAUGGAGACAUUCAAAAGAGAGCCUCUGUCCAGUGAACGGACAGUUAAAAUGUACCCAGCCUUGUCAUCUUCUUCAUCAGCGUCAAAAAUGGAUAAAACUGAAAGGCGGCAGGUUCAUUUGGAACACACUGAAUCAAGCAAGCAUGGAGACAGUGACUAUCGCAGGGCAAACAGCAUCCAGCGCAAGAGCAGUCAUUCACCGGGGAAACAAUUUUCACCAUCACCCAAAUCUCGUGAUCUAGACCGAGACUACAGGCGUGACCGGACCAAGCAAAGGUCGUCAUCUGAAACAAGGAGCGAGGCUUCUUCAAGACGGUCUCUGUCCUCUUCAUGUGGCUCAAAACCACACAUCAGCAGCAAGAAGUUACCUACGCCCACCAUGAUAAAUGAUUUCUCAGCUGUGUCUCCAAAGGUGUAUCCCCAUACCUGCUCCCUAUGCCACAUACUGUGUGACCAGGAAAAGGACUGGGUUGAACAUGUUAACACUGUCAACCACACGGCUGCCUGCAGGGACCUGCGCAACAGGUACCCUGACUGGAAACCAAAUCUGCCAAGUCGGAGUGGACGAUAUGGCAGUCGGGCUCUGUGGGAUCCCAAGGAUCACUCUCCAUCCCAUUCCAUAUCUCAGUCCCACUCUCACUCUCGCUCUCCAAGUCCUCCUCCAAGGAAACGUCGGGUGGACGGCCGCUCCUACAGGCCCCAGAAGAGACCUGAUUCCCCCCACUGUCACCCACGGCACCAGCCUGACACAGAACGCAGGGAUCAGUUUGAGCACCCCCGCUCUGGCUCACACAGUCCCUCUCAUUUGCCCCGAGCCUCCUCGUCCUCCAGAGAGUACUGGACCGCGAGGAGGGGCAGAGUUUCAGCAGCGAGUUUUUCCCGCAGCGCUGUGAAGCGUCCAAACAAAUACUCCACUGACAAGAGCCGAGAUCUGUCCGCAUCCACCGGGGGUCACAGAUCCAAACACGGAUCAUCCCGGCCCUCCGCCAAGACUCUUAAGUCUGUGCCAAAGCCUGGAACCAAGACUGCCAAGAUGUCUGCCAAACCUCCACCCCCCAAGAAGAAGAAGAAAAUGGUGACUCCACCCUCGCAGGACUCGUCUGUUGCAGAUCGUCUGGUUUAUCUGACGGGCAUCCCAGAGGACGCCUCGGAGCAAGAGGUCACCGAUUUGGUUGGGUCCUUCGGAAAGAUCAAUAAUGUGAUCCUCAUGCCGUCCUGUGAGGAGAGCGAGAAGGGCCAAGGACAGAAGGCUUCUGUAUGUAUGCUGAAGCCUGAAGAUGCCCAGGCUCUCGCAUCCUCCACUGACCUCUCCAUCAGAGACCAGCAGAUCACAGCUGCAGUAGCAAAGAGACCUGAAGGGGAACAGUGUCCUGAUCCGAGCGGCAGCAGACCUUCAGUGGGACACGGCAAAGGUGCAGCUGACAAGGACACAGAGGGUGAUGCUAACCAGAAGACUUCAAAUGAGAAGGGCAGGCUGUUGAUCACAGGACUCCCUGAGAGUGGCUGGUCAGAGUGUGACAUCAUUAACUUGAUCCAGCCUUUUGGGACUCCCUCUGACAUCAUCCUGGCAACGCAAAUGGGAAGGGUACUGGUGUCGGUGGCAGACAUGGAGGUUGCUCAGGAGAUCGUAAAAGUCCACACGUUCAUGCCGGCCAAGAUUAAAGACUUUGAGGUGAAGCUGAUCCUCCUCAAACAGCACAUCAGCCUCAGCACUCCGGUGGCGCUCUACAAUCUUCUGAUGGGAUCAGUGGAUCCAUUAGAACGUCGAGCUCCGGUAGGCUGGAACAGCCUGCUGGUAAUCAGUAAUGUUCCCAACACACCGUACGGUUCCUCAGAGGUCCAGAAGUUGGUGCGACGCUUCGGAACGGUCAUCAGGACCCUCGUUCUCAGCAAUAUGGUCAUUUGUGAGAUGGCGACGGCAGCCAUGGCCCUCUCCGUUUACAAACGCUUCCAGACGUUUCCGUGCGUAAUCCAGAGCAACCCUCUGUUCUUCUCCCGCAAGCCUGACCCCAAAGCCAGCGCACAGACUAAAGUCAUCGCUGCCUAUCACGAUUCAUCUGAGGAUGCACAUGGAAAUGGCAAAGGAGGCCAAACAGCUGCAGCUGCUGCAGAUGGAGUGGAAGCAGCAGAAUCUCCUGUAGACACGCUAGAAAAAGAUCAUGAUGAUGAUGAUGUGAAGACCAGGAAGGAAACGGCUGAAGAUGAAGUUUUGGAAGGAAAAGAGUGCAAAGAGGACAACAUGGAAAAAGACAAGCUCACAGUUUGUGAAGCUUCGGCUCCACCGGAGAACAAACUAGAAGCAGACUCAGUGGAAACAUCAGGUGUUGACACAGUCAGCAAGAAAACAGAGGAGAGUAAAGCUGCUGCCUCCGAGCAAACUCCUGCUGCAGAAGAGCCAAAGCCACACAGCCUCGAUGGCAAAGCCGCUCCUCAGGAGACGACCAGGACACAACUGCCCAAGGUGACUCAAGCCAUGGUUAAUGCGUUGCUUGUGGAGUGCAGAACCAGGACCACCAGCCAGUCCAACAACAGUGCAGCACCCCCCAGUGGAGAAGAGGGGAAAGAACAGACGGAGACAGAGCUGGGCCAAAAAACAGCAGAGGAGACUAAAGAGCUAAGCAAGAGCAACACGGUGGAGGAAGGAGAGGUGAAAAGGCAGGAGAAAAAAGAGAAGGAGGCAAGAAAGGAGAAGGAGGUGAGGGAGAGGAGGGAGAGGGAAAGAAGGGCAUGGGAGAAGGAGGAGAGAGCCAAGAGAGAGAGGGAAAGGAGUGAAAAAUCCAGGAGGGAGAGGGAGAGGAGGGGGGAGGAAAGAAGGGAGUGGGAGAGGAGGGAAAGAGAGAGGAGGGAGAGGAAGAGAGUCCAUGGUGACACUUCAUCAGGCUCGAGAUCAUCCUUCAGGUCGGAGGGAUCCCGGCAGAGCCACAGAAGGGAUGAGCAGCACAGCGUGGAGGCCGAAACCAAAAGGGAGGAGGAGGAGCUGAACGAGUUCCCGUUUGACAUGAGCGACUUCGUGACAGUGGACGAAGUUGGAGAUGUGGCUGAUCUUCUGACGAAUCCCUCAGAGGGAGGGGGGAACCUGCCCACAUCUGUCCAACAGCACACUCCAGAGAGUGCACCCAUGGAGGUCACAGCAGCUCUGGAGAAGCCUGCUGAGCUUGCCUCUGAGUGUGAACAUGUGACUGAGAUGACUGAUGUAACAGCUGAUCUGGUCCCCAGUGCUACUGUGUCCCCAUCAACAACUUUACAAAGUGACCCUGCUCCCAGCCAAACACAUGUGCCAGCAUCUACAUCCAAACCACCUGAGCCUGACAUCACACCUCAGCCAGACACCUCACUGACUGCUGAGUCCACCCCAGAGGAAAGCAUUCCCAUCUGUGUCCCUGCAGCUUCAGCUGCUCCCUCCUCCUCAGCAGCUGUGGUGAGUGCAGAGAGAAGUCAAGAUGAGAAUGAGGAGAAUCCUCUUAAACAUGGUCAGUCUUCUGAGGAGAAUGCGGGGUUGAUCAAGCAGGAGAAACAGAGGGAGGUGCAAGAUGAAGAGAACAAAGAAAGGAGUGACAGAGCUGCAGAAACGGCCCUGUCUGUCACAGGGAAACAGGAGGAGUCUGAAAACAGCACCAGUGCUGAGGAGAAGACAAAAUCAAUUUCCAGGACAACAGCACGUUCCCUCCCUCCUUUUGACCCCAGCAACCCAGUUGGUAUGGAGUUCUUGGUCCCAAAGACGGGUUUCUUCUGUAAGGUGUGCAGUCGGUUCUUCAGUGGAUCCAAGGAGGCUGAAAUCAGUCACUGCAAAACUCGCAAACACUACGAGAACCUGCAGAACUACUUGAAGACCUCCGAAACAACAAGCGGGACCACCAAGCCCGACUCCAGUUGAAUGUGUUUAUGAAACGUGGGCUGAAUUCUGCCUUUCCCCUUAGCUGCUGUUGUCUCGUUUCUAUUGAAGGGUCCAGACUCUCAGAUUGGUUAUUUUGUCAGCUGUCACAUUUUACAUGUGCGCUAUUAAGUUUUUUUGUUUUUUUUUAUGUUUGGGGUUUAAUUGAAAAGUUUAUCAGCUCCACCCAUGAAAAGAAGCUUCACCUCGUCCACGUUGUUGGUUUGAUCUUUCAUUGAAGUCUACUUCUGACUGCUUAUGUAUGCACAUUUGUGACUUCACCUUGGAUCUCAUUCAGAGAGCAAACAUCAGCCUCUGUGUCAAAGUGACCCAGCGAGCCGAGGGUCAUCACCGCUGAUCAGAGCUGGAACUCAGCCUGCAGCUGAAGAGUCUGCACCAUCUCAGAGUGGGACCAGAAGCAUGCUUGUAUUUGUAAAUGCUUGUGCACUAUGAUUUCACCCCUGGGUAGAUUAGCAAAGUGGAGUCAUGUUGUAAUGUAUUGAAACUUUAAGAUUUAGUUCUUAAUGGGUGGGAAUGAUUUAUUUUUUUUUUUUUUAGUUGCAGCUCAUACAGAUAACUAAUGAUGGAAACUGUACAGUGGAAGACAACUUCCAGCAGGAACCGUGCACAAUCAAUAAAAUGUUUAAAAAUGG